GGAAAAUAUUAAAGAUUUGGAUACCUCGUUUGGUUAGUCAUGAAAUCUGCCAGUGCCAUCCUAGUUCUCCUUUCACUACUUUUGUAUUUCAAUACUAUAGAAUCACGAAAAGAUCCGGCUGAGUACUGGAGAAGUGUGAUGAAAAAGCAACCAAUGCCAGAGGCAAUUCAUGGGCUUGUUCAAUCAGAUUCUACGACACUAGUACCAAAACGGCAAGAUUUCAAUGAGAAAACCGAUUGCCAUGAAAAAGUGAAAUCUUUUGCUGAUAACUUUGAAUCCAGACCCAACAUCUCAGCUAAACAUGACGACAAUACUAAAACUUUUUCUGAUAACUUCGAACCAACAACCAACAACUCGGCUUACCAUGAGGAUGAAACUAAAAGUAAAGAUGAUCAAAAUGUUGGUACAAAAGAAGCUAAACCUGCAUUUGCUGAAGAUUUCGAGCCAAGGCCUAACCUUUCUGUUUACAAUGAGUAGGCUGUGAAAGUAAAGGAUCAUAAACCAGUGUGUGUUUCAAGGUAUUAUUGUCGUAUGUGAUAUAUGUGUCUAUGUGAUAUGCAUGUUUGAAUUCCGGUAUUUUCAAAGAAAAUGUGUGCUUUUAAGUGUAAUUAUCAAUGUCCCUGAGAAGACAAUUAAAAUGACCACCUCUUCAAUGGUGAGAGAACCUCGGUUAUAUGCAGCCCGAUGGUAAAAUUUAACCAAAAAAAAAAAAAAUUGUGUAAUGAUUGAUGAUCAAUAAA